AUGAACAUACUUCCACCUCCGACUUCAUCUUCGUCGUUUCCACCACACCCAAACUCCGGCCCACUAACCCCAUCGUCGGUGGCUUUCACUCUCACUCACAACACCAUAUCCUUCUGCUCGAUAGCUCCACCAUUCACCGCCGCUGGUCGACCCAAGCGCCGCCCGUUAUUCGUACGGUCCGCCUCCGGCACUGCUAACAGCUCCGCCGGCGACCUCUCCUCCUUCUUGGGCUCUUCUUCAGAGCCGUAUUCAACGCACAACGACUCAGAGCUUCUGUCUCUCCUCCGCAAUAGAAAAACCGAUGAAGCUUGGGCUAAGUACGUUCAAUCCACUCAUCUCCCUGGACCCACUUGCCUUAGCCGUUUGGUUUCCCAAUUAUCUUACCAAUCCAACCCCGAGAGCCUCACGCGCGCGCAGUCUGUCCUCACGCGCCUCCGCAAUGAGCGCCAGCUCCAUCGCCUUGACGCCAAUUCCCUCGGCCUCCUCGCCAUGGCCGCCGCGAAAUCCGGCCAAACGCUCUACGCAGUCUCCGUCAUCAAAUCCAUGCUCCGUUCUGGGUACUUACCACACUUUAAAGCGUGGACAGCUGCAGUAGCUAACCUCUCCGCUGCCGGAGACGACGGACCGGAAGAAUCUAUCAAACUCUUUACAGCUAUCACACGCCGAGUCCGACGCUUCGCCGAUCAGUCUUUGGUCGCUCAGUCUAGACCCGACACGGCGGCGUUUAACGCUGUGCUCAACGCUUGCGCAAACCUUGGUGAUACAGAGAGGUACUGGAAACUGUUCGACGAAAUGUCUGAGUGGGAUUGUGAGGCUGAUGUGUUGACUUACAAUGUUAUGAUCAAGCUCUGUGCGAGAGUUGAUCGGAAGGAAUUGAUUGUGUUCGUCUUGGAGAGGAUAAUUGAAAAGGGAAUUAAGAUUUGUAUGACUACAAUGCAUUCUCUUGUUGCAGCUUAUGUUGGGUUUGGUGAUUUGAGAACUGCGGAGAGGAUUGUUCAAGCGAUGAGGGAGAAAAGGAGAGAUCUUUGCAAGGUUUUACGAGAAUGCAAUAGCCAGGAUUUGAAGGAGAAGAAAGAGGAAGAAGCGGAAGAAGCUGAAGAUGCGUUUGAGGAUGAUGAAGAUUCGGUUUACUCGGCUCGGGAUGAGGUAACCGAAGAAGGGUUUGAGGAUGUGUUCAAGAAACUGCUGCCUAACUCUGUUGACCCGAGUGAUGAGCCGCCAUUGUUGCCUAAAGUCUUUGCUCCGGACUCAAGAAUCUACACGACGUUGAUGAAAGGUUACAUGAAGAACGGGCGUGUGGCGGAUACAGCUAGAAUGCUGGAGGCGAUGAGGCGUCAAGACGAUAGAAAUAGCCACCCAGAUGAAGUUAGCUACACUACGGUUGUGUCAGCUUUUGUAAAAGCCGGGUUGAUGGAUAGAGCAAGACAAGUGUUGGCUGAGAUGGCUAGGAUGGGUGUUCCUGCGAAUAGGAUCACAUACAAUGUUCUGCUCAAAGGAUAUUGUAAGCAGUUGCAGAUAGAUAAGGCGGAGGAUUUGCUGAGAGAGAUGGCUGAAGAUGCAGGGAUCGAGCCAGAUGUGGUUUCUUAUAACAUUAUCAUAGAUGGAUGCAUUCUUAUAGAUGAUAGCGCAGGAGCUCUUUCGUUCUUCAAUGAAAUGAGAACGAGGAAGAUUGCACCGACUAAGAUUAGUUACACUACUUUGAUGAAGGCUUUCGCAAUGUCGGGGCAACCGAAGCUGGCGAAUAGGGUGUUUGAUGAGAUGAUGAGGGAUCCAAGGGUUAAAGUUGAUUUGAUCGCUUGGAACAUGUUGGUUGAAGGGUAUUGCAGGCUUGGUUUGAUUGAAGAUGCGAAGAGAGUAGUUUCGAGAAUGAAAGAGAACGGGUUUUAUCCGAAUGUGGCGACCUAUGGGAGUCUAGCAAACGGGGUUUCUGUGGCGAGGAAGCCUGGUGAGGCGCUCUUGCUUUGGAAGGAGAUAAAGGAAAGGUGUGAGGUGAAGAAGAGAGAAGAAGGAGAUUCUUCAGAGCCUUAUCCUCCGAUGCUGAAACCAGACGAAGGGUUGUUAGAUAUGUUAGCGGAUAUAUGUGUGAGGGCUGCGUUUUUCAAGAAGGCAUUGGAGAUAAUCGCGUGCAUGGAGGAGAACGGGAUACCUCCGAACAAAACUAAGUACAAGAAGAUCUAUGUGGAGAUGCACUCGAGGAUGUUCACUAGCAAACAUGCUUCACAAGCUAGAAUAGACAGGCGGGUAGAGAGAAAGAGAGCGGCUGAAGCUUUCAAGUUUUGGCUUGGUUUGCCGAAUUCUUACUAUGGAAGUGAAUGGAAGUUAGGUCCAAGAGAAGACUAG